GUGGUAUGGGUGGGGGGACAUUCAGGAUGGCCAAUGGAAAUGAGAGCAGCGAAGGGCCAGCUGGGCCCAUGGCAGCAGUGGUGACUACUGUAGGAGGUAUGGUAGCAGAGAGUCCUUCCUCUACUGUCUCUACCUACAUCAAACUGGUGCUACUGGGGCUGAUCAUCUGCAUUAGCCUAGUGGGCAACCUGGUGGUGUCUCUGCUUGUACUGCGGGACCGGGCCCUGCACAAGGCACCUUAUUACUUCCUGCUGGAUCUGUGCCUGGCGGACACCAUUCGCUCAGCCAUCUGCUUCCCCUUUGUGCUGGUAUCUAUAAAGAACGGCUCAGCCUGGACCUACAGUGUGCUGAGCUGCAAGGUGGUGGCAUUCAUGGCAGUGCUCUUCUGCUUCCAUGCCGCCUUCAUGCUGUUCUGCAUCAGUGUAACACGCUACAUGGCCAUUGCACACCACCGCUUUUACUCAAAGCGCAUGACAUUCUGGACGUGUGUGGCAGUGGUGUGCAUGGUGUGGACACUGUCUGUGGCGAUGGCUUUCCCGCCUGUUUUUGAUGUGGGCACCUACAAAUUCAUCCGUGAGGAGGACCAGUGCAUCUUUGAGCAUCGCUACUUUAAGGCUAACGACACACUAGGCUUCAUGUUGAUGCUGGCUGUGCUCAUUCUAGCCACACACGUUGUAUACAUGAAGUUACUCCUCUUUGAAUACAAGCAUCGCAAAAUGAAGCCGGUCCAGAUGGUGCCUGCCAUCAGUCAGAACUGGACCUUCCACGGGCCGGGGGCUACAGGCCAAGCGGCAGCCAACUGGAUUGCAGGCUUUGGCAGGGGUCCGAUGCCGCCUACUUUGCUGGGUAUCCGGCAGAACGUGCACAACCAGAACCGGCGCCUAUUGGGCAUGGAGGAGUUCAAAGCGGAGAAGCAGCUUGGCAGGAUGUUCUAUGUGAUCACCCUGCUGUUCCUGGUGCUUUGGUCUCCCUACAUAGUGGCUUGCUAUUGGAGGGUGUUCGUCAAGGCUUGCACAAUACCACACCGGUACCUCUCCACCACCGUGUGGAUGAGUUUCGCUCAAGCCGGGGUCAACCCCAUUGUCUGUUUCUUCCUUAACAAAGACUUAAAGAAAGGGCUCCUUUCCCAUCUACCAGCCUGCUGCAGGACUAAACCUCAUCUGCCACGAGAGCCUUAUUGCGUCAUGUAAGCGGAGAUGAUGAUCUGAACGUGGAGAACAAACCAAGGGCCAACCAAUAGAUGUUGUUGUGGGAGUGUUUGCUUAAGUUAUUAUGGUGUUUGAUUCAAUGCAAGCUCAGCCUGGACCUACAGCGUGCUGAGCUGCAAGCAGCUCAGCAGCAGUGGGUGUAAACUAGUGAGCGUAAUGGUAAAGCAUGUAUUUCCAUCUACCAAGCCCCUUUUUUCACUCCAAACAGCAGCAUACGUGGAGUCAGACGACUCUCAAUAACGAGAAAAAUACUUAAUAACAGCAAAACAUGCAAAUAAUAAUGCAGUCGUCAUGGAAACCAAGCCAGACAAAUAGCCACCAACAAAUCCCAUAAGCUGCUUCAGAAAGAAUGUCAGAAAUGACUUGAUAAGGAUGUUUGAGUUGUUUGGGUGACGUUAAAAAAAAAAAAAAACAAGGGAGACAAAGAAGCUACGUUUCUAGUCUGAAUCUAAAUUUUCUGAACAUGGAUCAGUUAAACAAACCAGAUAAUGUUAUUUGUAUAGUGACAGCGUAGAGACGAGAACAUGAUGUUAGAGGGAUGCAGGUUUGAAGCUGGGACGCUGGCGGUCAUGGGAGGCAUCUUAGCAUCUUUUAUUAAAAUUUCAUUUUUAGCAUUUGACAACAUUAAUUAAAACCUAUAAUUCCAACGAUCUGUGAGCACUGUACACUAUAUCCAAAGACAGUCUCAUUUUGUUCAGUUAUUUACUCAUGAAGAGACACAAAGAAUCAAGGUUAAUCUUUUCUAAGCAGUUACCUCAAUGUAUGAAGUCAGUUUUAAAGUUAAAGGGA